AUGCGUGAAAAGGUCAAGGAAUUGGAUGAUCGUGAAAAAAAAUUGAAAUUGGAUAGUCAAACUUCGUUUGUGAAGCCAACUGUAACUGAAAAUAUUGUACAAUCUAGUAGUAAAUCUAAAGCUCGUGGUGGUUCAUCUGGUGGAACUGCAGAAGAGUCCAAAUUAAAAGAUGAUUCACCUUAUAUUGUGGGAGGUUCUUCGCAGGAACGGUUGCUUCGUGCUACUGAGGCGUAUAGAGAUUUAUUAUUUCAACAUAUUCUUGAGGAUUGUGGUGCAGAUGUACCUCUCCCUGAAGUAAAUCUUCAGUCUUUUCCAAAGAAUGAAACUCCUUUAGAGCGAACAAUCUCUAUGCUUCAGAAACUUGAACGUUUUUGUAGUUCAUGUCGAGAUGAGAGUAAUGUUAACAUUGAUUCUGUGACGUCUUGUCGUCGUGAUGGUAGUGAAAAUAAUUACCGUGAGCGUAGUUUGGAAGCCUUUAGACGUCUGGAGAGGGCUAUGGAGGCACUCUCAUAG